AUGCUAUCUUCUCCCAAUUCUCAUUCAUAUAGUCUUCAACAGCAAAGGCAGCAACGACUAAUGCAGCAGCAAUUAGCUUCUUCUUCUCAGUUUCAUCAGAAUUCAAUGGGAUUGAACCCACAACAGAUGUCUCAAAUGGUACAACAGCAACAACAAAUGAGCCAUUCCCAGAUGAACCAGCAACCACAACUGCUUUCGCACGACCAGCCGCAGCAGCAGCAGCAGCAGCCACAACCUCUUUCGUAUCAGCAGCAGCAGUCUCCAAAAAUGGUGGCUCUCGGAGGCCAGAAAUCUGUUAGUUUGACGGGAUCUCAGCCGGAUGAUACUGCAUCCGGAAAUACUACCCCAGGAGGGAGUUCAAGCCAAGGGACUGAGGCUAGCAAUCAGCUCCUGGGGAAGAGAAAGAUACAAGAUCUAGUUUCACAGUUGGAUCCUCAUGGAAAGCUGGACCCCGAAGUUGAAGAUCUUCUUUUAGAGAUGGCUGAUGAUUUCAUUGAUUCGGUUACAUCAUUUGCUUGCACCCUGGCAAAGCAUCGGAACUCUUCAACUCUGGAAGCCAAAGAUGUACAGCUGCAUUUAGAGAAAAACUGGAAAUUGACCAUUCCAGGGUACUCUAGCAAAGAUGACAAACACCUCACAGAGCAUUUACCAAGUGAAGUCCACGAAAAGCGUCUGGAUGUGAUACAUAGUUCAGUGGAGCAUUCCCCAUCGGAGGCAGGUACAAAUAAUGCUAGGCUGAUGGGCACUGGGCAGACAGGAGCCCGGCAAUCCAGCUGGUCCAAGCCACAUGUUAAAUGA